GGAAACAUGGCGCCGGUAGAGUUCAGCAUUUCAGCAAAGUCUGACUGAACACCUCAUGUUAUUUUGCUAUUUCACUUGACAAAGUUACUGAAACGGUUGAGAUAUUUUUUUCUCGUCGACAAGAAGUGGCUUUACUGGAAAAUGUUCGUGGCGAAGAGUAUCGCGGCGGAUCAUAAAGACCUCAUUCACGAUGUGUCUUAUGACUUUCAUGGUCGGAGGAUGGCGACCUGCUCCAGUGAUCAGAGUGUCAAGGUCUGGGAUAAAGGUGACAAUGGUGAAUGGCACUGCACUGCCAGCUGGAAGACACAUAGUGGAUCUGUGUGGAGAGUAACCUGGGCGCACCCUGAGUUUGGUCAAGUGUUGGCGUCUUGUUCGUUUGAUCGCACUGCGGCUGUGUGGGAGGAGAUAGUCGGCGAAUCCAAUGAUAAACAGCGCUGUCAAAGUCACUGGAUCAAGAGAACCACACUGGUGGACAGUCGGACAUCAGUAACUGAUGUGAAGUUUGCACCGAAGCACAUGGGUCUGAUGCUGACCACCUGCUCUGCAGACGGGGUGGUGCGCAUCUACGAGGCCCCUGACGUGAUGAACCUCAGCCAGUGGUCUCUACAGCACGAGAUCUCCUGCAAGCUCUCCUGCUCCUGCAUCUCCUGGAACCCAUCCAGUUCCAGAGCUCAUCCUCCAAUGAUAGCUGUCGGCAGCGAUGACAGUAACGUGACAUACAGUGGCAAAGUACAAAUUUAUGAGUAUAAUGAAAAUACCAGAAAGUAUGCCAAAGCAGAGACACUGAUGACUGUGACUGAUCCAGUACAUGACAUCGCCUUUGCUCCUAAUCUCGGGAGAUCUUUCCAUGUGUUGGCGAUUGCGACCAAAGACGUCCGCAUUUUCAAACUCGUACCACUAAGGAGAGAGAGUGCCACCAGCUCUGGUCCCACUAAGUUUGAGGUGCAGGUGAUGGCUCAGUUUGACAGUCAUAACUCUCAGGUGUGGCGAGUGAGCUGGAACAUCACCAGCACUCUGCUGGCCUCCUCUGGAGAUGAUGGAUGCGUGCGACUCUGGAAAGCUAAUUACAUGGAUAACUGGAAGUGCACAGGGAUCCUGAGAGGAGAUGGGAGUCCAGUAAACGGCUCCUCAGGACACACUGCAGCUCUGAGCGCUGUGAGCGUUUCUGGAGCUGCCCAGAUGGUUGUUGGGGCGGCUUCUGCUGGGAGAAAAAAAGCUCAGCUGAUGCCAGGCUAAUGGCAUAAUGUGCUGAUUGGCUGCUUGCUGCAUGCACAUGCACAGGAUUGGACCAAGAACUCAUUGACCCCUCCCCAUGAACUGUGUGACACCUGUACACUCUUCCAACUACUAAUCCAACAGAAAUGCUUGAUGAUGCCUGGAUCUGUCAUGUGACUGUUAAAGCAACUGUGCCUGUUGCGUAUUCUGUUCAGUGGCACGUAACUAAUGUUGAAGUUUUUUGAACAAAUUAUACUUAACAUGAUUCCCCUCAAUCUUGACAUUCUUAUUAAUUUUGCGAUGUGAUCUAGUAUUUUUAUUUGUAAACACUCAAUUAAACUUAAGCUCAUGGUUCAAAACUGAAAUCAAUUUGCCAUGUGCACAUCAAGAAAUCACUUCUACUUGAAAGAUUUUAAGUCAUGUGUGAAAACUGGCAUAAUGUCUCAGACCAGUUUGUUGGUAGCUUUAUAUCAGAUUUGCAUAAAAUAUGGGUCUCGAUCAGCUUUUGGAGUGAGACCAGAUUUGCCACCUUUUGGGGUGCAUGUGGAACAAUGGCCUUAAAGGGAUAGUUUCCCCAAAAAUAAAAAUUAUCUCAUGCCAUCCCAGAUGUACACUACCGUUCAAAAGUUUAGGGUCACUUACUCAUUCUUUUUUUUUUUUUUUUUUUUGACAUUUUUGAAUAAUAGUAAAGUCAUCACAACACAAGGAGUUCCCGUCUAUAUGUUGGGCACUUAGUGGCUGCUUUAUUAUUUGGUCCAAGUCAUCAAUUUCAAAAAAAGUUUUAAUUACAUUUUAGUUUUGUAAUUAAAUUAAUAUGGUGGCACAAUUAUAUUUUUGUCUACAAAACUAAUUUCAAACAUUUAAGCAUACGCCUUCAGAUCAAAAGAUUUUUAAGAUCAUGAGAAACACUUCAGUCAAGUGUUUCAAAACUUUUGACCAGUAGUGUAUAUGACUUUCUUUCUUCUUUCACAAAGAUUUUUAGAAGAAUAUUUCAGCUCUGUAGGUCCAUGCAAUGCUAGUGAAUAGUGGCCAGAACUUUGAAGUUUAAAAAGCACAUAAAGGCAGCAUAAAAGUAAUCCGUAAGACUCCAGUGGUUUAAUCCAUAUCUUCAGAAGUAUAUGAUAGGUGUGAGUGAGAAACAGAUCAAUAUUUAAGUCUUUGUUUUAUUAUCAAUUUCCACUUUCACAUUCUUCUUUUGUUUUUGGUGAUUCGCAUUCUUUGUGCAUAUCGCCACCUACUGGGCAGGGAGAAGCAUUUCUAGCAAAAAAGGACUUAAAUAUUAAUCCGUUUUCACCCAUACCUAUCAUAUCGCUUCUGAAGACAUGAUUUUAAUUACUGUAGUUUUAUGGAUUACUUUUAUGCUGCCUUGAUGUGAUUUUUGAACCUUCAAAAUUUUGUUACCCAUUCACUUGCAUUGUAAGGACCUACAGAGCUGAAAUAUUUUUCUGAAAAUCUUUGUGUUGAGCAGAAGAAAUUCACACAUCUGAGACGGGAUGAGGGUGAGUAAAUGAUGAGAGAAUAUUCCCUUUUGGGUGAACUAACCCUUUAACCUUUGCUUUCAACAGUAUAUGAAUGAAUCUGAUGAAAUAUUCAGGUUACAUUUCAUCACAAUAUCUAUAGAAAACAUUUGCAUAUCCAUGACAGUUAUGCAUCCUCCGCCCCUCCUUUCAGUACAGUACAGUUAUUUAGUUAUUUAUUUUAAAUCAGCAUGAAUUAAAGACCAUACAACCAAUGUUACCAUGAUUUAUGAAUAUUUCUCUAUUUUAAUAUGUUUUUGAUAAUUACUGUUUGCAUUACAGUAAUGAGAAUUGAGGGGAUGGGGUAGUACGUGUAAUUGUCAUGAAAAUAAUGUCACAAUGCCAAAAAUCAAAUUGUCCUAAAAUUAUUUUUCUUUUUGUGUGAAAUAUUAUGGAGCGCCUUAGAGCAGUGGUUCUCAGCCAGGGAGCCGGACCCACUUGGGGGCUUAAGCACACUUCCAAGGGGGCCACAAUAUGACUUCAAAUUAAUUUGAUAAGAAAUAUUAAAAUAAUUAAAAUUGUCCUCAAAUAAAAUGCUAAAAAAUACUUUAUGAUGUAUGCCUACAAAUUAUAAACAGACUCUUUCUGAAACUUCUAGAAUAAAAAAUGAUCCAUGAUUAAUUAUUUUAAUCAGACACAUCUAGUUUCGGGUGAAUAGUUUCUAGUUUCGAACCACAGUUUUAAAAACAAUGGUACUUGUACCACAAAUUAACAAUGGUGUUGCUUUUUUUGUUUUGUUCUUUUCACGGAAUGAUUGAUUUUUAUUACCAUAAUUUUGGUUUUCCUUUUUCACUACUAUAGUUGUACAAAUACCAUAGUUCAACUAUGUUUACCACAGUAAAACCAUGUUUUGUUUCUGUAUGGGCUAGAUAAAGGUAUUGUGAGGGAACCCAAAAUAAUUGCAAAGGGAAUGCAAAACUAUAAAAAAAGAAAAAAAAAAAAAGAAAGAAGAAAUGCCCUCCCUGUCAUCUAAGAGGCACCGUACCUAAAAUGUGAACUGGGCAUUCACCCAUAUAUUUUUGCUAUUUAGUGUAGAGUUAUUGUUCCUCACUCUAUAUUCUGCAAUGUGGACAAUAGAGGGAGACAGUGAAUGCAAAAUGUUAUAAUUUCUCGAGAUGCCAGUUCCCCCUCAAUAGAGGAAAUGUGCCGUACUUUAAAAAAUCAGAUUUACAAGGAACUAAAACUCUUGAGAGUGUUUAUUGGUAAAAUAAAACUUGUUUGUAAGAUUGUCA